CUGGUAGUCAAACCGUCAGUCAGUUACCAGCAACAUGGCGCUCAAGGCACAAGUCGGUCAAAAGAUUAUGAAUGAAAUCAUUAAACAAAAAAAGUCCUCGGGGAGCGGGUCCAAUUGGCGUAUUUUGGUAGUGGACCAACUUGCCAUGAGGAUGGUAUCGGCAUGCUGUAAAAUGCACGAUAUCAGUGCCCAAGGAAUCACCCUGGUAGAAGACAUUAACAAAAAACGGGAACCAUUACCUACCAUGGAAGCAAUCUAUCUGAUCACACCGUGCAAUAACUCUGUUCAAAAACUAAUUGAAGACUUCAGCAAUCCGACGCGGACCAUUUACAAAGUUGCGCACGUUUACUUCACAGAAGUGUGUCCGGAGGAGCUGUUCAAUGAACUCUGCAAGUCUCUCGCCGCUAAAAAGAUCAAAACCCUCAAAGAGAUCAACAUCGCCUUCCUGCCUUACGAGUCGCAGGUCUUCUCCUUGGACUCGCGCGAAACGUUCGCUUGCUUUUACAACGCUUCCUUCGCCAACCUGAGAACUGCCAAUAUGGAGAGAAUAGCUGAACAGAUCGCAACGCUUUGCGCGACUCUUGGAGAAUAUCCGUCUGUCAGAUACCGAAGUGACUUCGACCGAAACGUUGAACUGGCGCACAUGGUUCAACAAAAAUUGGACGCUUACAAAGCAGAUGAACCAACAAUGGGAGAAGGACCAGAGAAAGCUCGUUCCCAAUUACUUAUAUUGGACAGAGGAUUUGACUGCGUCUCACCCUUGUUACACGAGUUAACGCUGCAAGCUAUGGCGUAUGAUUUACUCGAUAUUGAAAAUGAUGUUUACAAGUUCGAAGCGUCGGCUGGAGUGCAAAAAGAAGUAUUAUUGGAUGAAAAUGAUGAUUUAUGGGUAGAACUUAGACACCAGCAUAUUGCUGUAGUUUCACAAAAUGUUACCAAAAACUUGAAGAAAUUCACAGAAUCAAAAAGAAUGCCACAAGGAGACAAACAGAGCAUGAGAGACCUUUCACAGAUGAUCAAGAAAAUGCCUCAAUAUCAAAAAGAAUUAAGCAAAUACGCAACGCAUUUGCAAUUAGCUGAGGAUUGUAUGAAACGUUAUCAGGGAAACGUAGAUAAACUCUGUAAAGUAGAACAGGAUUUAGCGAUGGGCACUGAUGCAGAAGGUGAACGUAUCAAGGAUCAGAUGAAAAACAUUACACCAAUUUUACUCGAUCAAACUGUUCAUCACUUGGAUAAACUCCGAAUUAUCGCUUUAUAUGUUAUUAGUAAAAAUGGUGUGACUGAUGAGAACCUUAAUCGUCUAGUUCAUCACGCGCAAAUAUCAGUCGAUGAUAAGCAGACUAUAGUGAACAUGGCGAAUCUGGGCAUCAACAUUGUAGUAGAUGGUGGUAACCGUAAAAAAUUAUAUACUGUACCACGCAAAGAAAGAAUUACAGAACAAACUUACCAAAUGAGCCGCUGGACACCGAUUAUGAAAGAUAUCAUGGAAGACGCUAUUGAAGACAAACUUGAUUCUAAACAUUUCCCAUUUUUGGCAGGUCGUGCUGCUAGUUCGGGGUACCACGCUCCCACCAGUGCGCGGUAUGGACACUGGCACAAAGAUAAAGGCCAACAAACUAUUAAGAAUGUACCACGCUUGAUCGUUUUCGUUGUCGGUGGAGUUUGCUUCUCUGAAGUACGAUGUGCUUAUGAAGUUACAAAUGCUUUGAAGAACUGGGAAGUGAUAAUUGGUUCGUCGCAUAUUAUUACACCAAAGUCCUUCCUUGAUGACCUGAGUAAACUUCACGUUUAAAGACAUUUUCGUGUAGACAAAACAAAAACAUUCCCAUCUUUCCUAAUACGUCAUUAGCUUUGGCUCCAUCAAUAAUACCAGCUAUGAAACUCUCGACUAUACAAUUGAAAAUAUUAAAUAGGGAACAUACAGUCAAUUCUGUAGGUCGCGCAGCCAUUUAGCGACCACUUAAGAAAUUGGAGAAUGUCAUAUCAUGGAUAGUGAUAUGUGAACGUUGGUUAGAAUGGAAAAAAGUAUUAAGUGCCUCCGCGUAUAAAAACUUAAUAAGAAACGAAUAAACAUCUUGGCAAUACAGGUAUAGGUCACACGGAAGUGCUUAAUUGUAUCUUAGGCUGGCGAAUAAUCUAGUUCAGAUAUAAUACGUUUGAGGCGAACUGCUCCUUUGUUAAUAAUAAGGAGCUGAUUAGCAAUGGAAUUUGAUGUGUUGUAGAAGAAAAUCGUGAUAUACGUGUAAAUUUCUCGUUAUUAGUAUUUCGUUAUCUCCCGCUCCAAAAAAACUAUAGACUGUUACAUACUUUGUCUUGAAGAUUUAAUCUUCGAUUUCACUCACAGAAUUAAUAACGCUUAUCGAAUUCGCAUGAAGGGUGUAAGUAUCAUGUGCAUUGUGUGUGCAUCAACCACAUCGGUUUGAAAAUAGAGAUACGAUGUGAGUAAAUACUAGUAUUUAUUCUUUAUUCUAUUUAAAUAUUUUCCUUGUAUAAUAAAGCCGUAAGUGUACAUUAAAUUAUUUAUUGUACGUUUGUUAUAGUAUUGAUUUGUUAACAAACAUGUUCACUUAGCGUGCAUAUAUGUUGAAUUAUAGUGCAAAUAAGUCGGUUUCAAUUUCCCAUUAAAAGCAAUGCAUUUAACAUUCAUCAAAAAGAUUGUCCGACUUCUAAAGACUUAUACACCGAUUUAACUAAAAAUAAUUAUCUUCAUCGUAUUGAUAAGUAUUUACAUGUUGAAACUUCUGCUGCACAUAAGAAGCAAUCAUAAACCGCUAGGGGCCGGUGGAAGUGAAUCUGUUAAUUAUAUAUAAUAAUUAUUGAUGUACGUUAAUAUUACGAUUACUUAGCGGCGAGAUUAUUACAAAGUUUACGGUAUUGAUCAAU